AUGCGGAUUACAUCGGCAAUUGCUUCGUUGCUACUGGUUGGCACGGCCACCAGUCUCCAAAAUCCUCAUCGUCGGGCUGUUCCGCCUCCUCUCACACAUCGCAACGUAGCGUCUCGCGCCGUGCCCGUUGAGCGCCGAUCCAACGACUUUGAGUAUCUGACAAACAAGACUGCAAGAUUCCUCGUCAAUGGCACAAGCAUCCCGGAAGUCGAUUUCGACGUCGGCGAAUCCUACGCCGGUCUUCUCCCCAAUACGCCGACUGGAAAUUCCAGCCUUUUCUUCUGGUUCUUCCCCUCGCAGAAUCCAGAGGCCAGCGAUGAGAUCACUAUCUGGCUCAAUGGCGGCCCGGCUAAUGGCCCAUUCCUCUGGCAGCCCGGCACUUACAAGCCCGUCCCCAAUCCAUACUCAUGGACCAACCUCACCAACGUGGUCUACAUUGACCAACCCGCCGGCACAGGCUUCUCCCCUGGCCCCUCGACAGUCAACAACGAGGAAGACGUGGCUGCCCAGUUCAACAGCUGGUUCAAGCACUUCGUCGACACCUUCGACCUGCACGGCCGCAAGGUCUACAUCACCGGCGAAAGCUACGCGGGGAUGUACGUCCCUUACAUUGCCGACGCCAUGCUGAACGAGGAGGAUACAACCUACUUCAACUUGAAGGGUAUCCAAAUCAACGACCCGUCCAUCAACAGCGACUCGGUGAUGAUGUACUCCCCGGCCGUCCGCCAUCUCAACCACUACAACAACAUCUUCCGACUAAACUCCACCUUCCUCUCCUACAUCAACGCCAAAGCCGACAAGUGCGGCUACAACGCCUUCCUCGACAAGGCCAUCACCUACCCUCCUCCCACCCCCUUCCCCACGGCCCCCGAAAUCACCGAAGACUGCCAAGUCUGGGACGAAGUCGUCAUGGCCGCUUACGACGUCAACCCCUGCUUCAACUACUACCACCUGAUCGACUUCUGCCCCUACCUCUGGGACGUGCUCGGCUUCCCCUCCCUCGGCUUUGGCCCAGACAACUACUUCAACCGCUCCGACGUGCAAAAGAUCCUGCACGUCCCUCCGACCGACUACUCCGUGUGCUCGGAGACCGUCAUCUUCGCAAACGGCGACGGCAGCGACCCCAGCUCCUGGGGUCCCCUACCCAGCGUCAUCGAGCGCACUAACAACACCAUCAUCGGCCACGGCUGGCUCGAUUACCUCCUCUUCAUGAAUGGCUCUCUCGCCACCAUCCAGAACAUGACCUGGAACGGUAAGCAAGGGUUCCAGCGUCCCCCCGUGGAACCGCUCUUCGUUCCUUACCACUACGGUCUGGCUGAGCUGUACUGGGGCGAUGAGCCCGACCCGUAUAACCUUGAUGCCGGUGCCGGGUACCUGGGUACGGCGCAUACCGAGCGUGGGUUGACUUUCAGCUCGGUGUAUUUGUCCGGUCAUGAAAUCCCACAGUAUGUUCCUGGUGCGGCUUACCGCCAGUUGGAGUUCUUGCUUGGUAGAAUUGAUAGUCUUUCUGCAAAGGGGAACUAUACCUCUUAA